AUGACUAGUCGGGGAGUGGAGUCCCUCGGGUCCUGGGACCUUGGCAAAGCUCAGUGUGGUCAGGGCCUGUGCUGCCUCGCCUGGGCCGAGCUCACGGGCAAGGCGCUCUGCCAGCCUACGCUCUUUCACCAGCUGGUCUCAGAAGCCCCGCCCCUGGUAGUAGUCAGGGUCAUCGUGGCUGAGGAGGACAGAGACGGCUCUCCCUUCCUUUCUGCUCUUAGUUCCCGGGUUCUCAGCACCCCCUCCGCCACCUCCUCCCGCCUCUUCCUUCAGAUGUUGUCUUCAUGCUCGGGAGCCCAGUGGGUGCAGGGGUGGGGGGCGGUUGGACGGUGCAGGGACGCAGUGGGGCCGCCGCUCAGGCCCAGGAGGGCGAGGAAGAGGGAGGAAGACGGAGGAGAGAAGCGGCGGCCCAGAGGCGCCCCCCUGCCCACGCCGCCCACCGCACCCCCGAGCCAGCGGCGGCGCGGAGCCCCCGACGCGGCCUGGAGGGCAGGCGGGGACCGCCCCCCGGGGCUCCUGUGCGCACAUGGGCCCCACCUCUCCCGGGGCGCUGGGAUCCGCUGUGCUGGGACCCGCCCCGGGGGAGGCCCCUGCGAUGCGCCGUCCCCGCAGGGGCCACAAGGCGGCGCUGCGGGCCUUCCCUCCGGAGGCCGGCCAGGGACUAGGUCUCAGCGGAGCCCCAUCCCUAGACGUGGGGGGUCAGAGGCAGCCGGGGGAGCCGACCCUCCUGUGGGGGGCACCCCCGGUGCAGAGGCGCCCUGCAGCCGCCGGGCCGCCCGGACCUGGCUGCGGACACUCAGCCACUCGGCUAGGGCCGCCGCCCUCCGCCUCCACACCAGGCCUGCCAACGCGUCCCCCGACGGGAGAGAAACCUGCGCCUCCGCGCCCUCCCGGCCGCGGUCGCCCAUUCCCGCGCCGGCCGGCGGGGGCGUGAGGACGCGGGCGCAGCGGGCAGCCCGGGGAAGGAGCGGGGCGGCGGUCGCCGGGGGCCGCGGGGCCUGGAGGCCUCGGCAACGGGGUCGGAAGGCGAGAAGGGGGGAUCCCGUUGGAGCAGGGGGGCGGCGGAGGCCCACACGGCGCUCCCCCGCCGCGGACCCCACGUGGAUUUUCUCUCAGUUGCGACCCACAGUCGCGGAGACGGCUGAACGGACGGUCCUUACUGCGCAGGCGCCGGUGGCUGCACAGACCGUCUCCUCCUGCGUACCUGGUGGCACCAGGAACUGCCAGGACCCAGGGUUGGACACCUAAAUUGGAAGUGCGGGCUUCUUUGUUUAAAUGGGCUGUUUUAUUCACAAUUUUAAUUUGUUCCAUUCCAAUUCAUUACGAUUUUAUCCGAAUAAAAUUUCCAUCUAAGUCUCCUUUGAACGCUUAAGUGCUGUCACAUUAACCUCAGGACUUCACUCCAGGAAACGUCAUCCUCUGCCCCAAAAAGAACAAACAAGAAGAGCCCUUCUUUCUGCCUUCUGAUCUGUCAAGGACUAA